AUGGUGCGGCGGGUGAGACAAUCCAACACCAUCUGCUUGAGUUCAUCCAGCGAAAGAGGUUGCGGAGAAAACUAUCCAUCAGGCAAGCAUAAGGGCGUGGACAGCAGCAGUAGUAGAGAGAUGGAAAUCCAAGAGGAAGCUGAAAAUUAUGAGGAGGUGGAGGAUCUACUCAACUAUUUUGAAAGAUGCACAUCUGAGAUAAAGGAAAGUCAGAAACAACUUUUGGACGUUGUAAUGGGUUUAUCCAAGUCCCUGAAUCAUCUAGAGUCUGGGAUAAUGAAGGAGCUGAGAAGAAUUAGUGUGGGCUACUGUGAUGGAUGUCAUAUGAAGGCCAUUCAAUGUAAAGCAGAGGAUGCUGAGCGAAAAGUGAGCAGGAAAUCAAAAAUGGGAUAUGAUUUCACUAUGUUGAAAAAAAAUAAUCACAUUCCUAGCACACCAGCACAAUCCAUGAAACAAAUGAUGGUUAAGAGUAGGGGAAGAAGAGAGAGUCGUAUGGUUAUCGGCGUUAAAAAUGGUAACAACUUUGGUGACUUUAUAGCCUCCCCAACUAAAGAGUACAACUCUCGGAAGACAAAGUGGAGCACUGUUGGUCUCCAAGAGAAUGAACCCAGAAGAAAGAUCUCAAAAAAAUCACCUAAAAUUGGUGAGCCAGAUUCUGAGAUGUCAUCUAACUCGACAAACGAAUACAAAGUCAAGAAGCAAACACCUAGCAGGGCACAUGAAAGAAAACCCAAAGGACUAGCAGGAAGGGUAUCAGUAUAUACCCAAAGAAGGAACGAAGCACGGAGAAGAGCAGAAGGAGCUUUAGAGACAAUAAGGAGAGAGGGAGUUGAUAAUUGCAAAACUGCUAGUGCUGUGGUUCAUGAUUUUCUCAUGAAUAUGACAUUGCCGCUGGAGCAAGCCGUCGUUACAAUUAGAGGCCAGGUAGCUAACAGAGAGCAUAUUCUUUGUCUAUUGCCUUGUAUGGGUGUCGAAGCUGAGAUUGUUAACUGUUACUCUGCAUUGCUCACGGCACGUGCAAGGAGAAAUUCUGGGAAUGCAUCAUAUCGCGUGUGGUACAUGCCGAGUUGGUCAGCGGAAAUGGUGACAAAAAAUGAGAUGACACUGGAUGAGCUGUAUAUCUAUUACCUAACUGAGAACAAAUUUGGUGGCUUGAUUAUGGAGUGUGAGAAGAUUUGUAUACCACUGAAUUGGGAUGGAAAACACUGGUAUUUGGCAGUCAUUUACAUGAAAGAGAAUAAGGUUAUGAUAUUCGACCCAUUCCCUGAUGAAGAUUUCAAUGAAUUGCGGUUGAUGAAUGCAAAGGUGGUGUGUUCAAAAAUUAGUGGUGCACUAUAUACGGGAUAUGGGGAAAAUUUCAGAUAUGACUUCAACGACUUUGAAUACUUGAGUCCCAGUUGGUGCCCAAGGUGGGACUCUGCUAUGUUCGUGAUGAAAUACAUGGAAGUAUGCGAUGAAAUGGAGGAUGGGAUCAAAAUUGAGAUAAUAUCCAAUCAAGCUAGGAGAAGCCGAGCAAUUGAACUAUUUGUGGAUGCAUCCAACGAAGCCAGACAAACCUGUGUUGAUGAAUUUGAAGGCCUUCAAGAGAUAUUCCAACCAAUAUAUGACAUUUUUCAGCUUCUACCUGCCAAAUUUCAAGUAGGAGUUUUCUCUGCUACCAUGCCACCUGAAGCCCUUGAAAUCACUAGAAAGUUUAUGAAUAAGCCGGUCAGGAUUUUGGUUAAGCGUGAUGAAUUAACUCUCGAGGGAAUUAAACAGUUUUAUGUGAAUGUUGAAAAGGAAGAGUGGAAGCUUGAAACUUUAUGUGAUCUCUAUGAGACUCUAGCCAUCACCCAGAGUGUGAUUUUCGUGAAUACUCGACGCAAAGUUGACUGGCUUACUGACCAAAUGAGAGGCCGUGACCACACAGUCUCAGCUACGCAUGGAGACAUGGAUCAGAAUACCCGGGAUAUAAUAAUGCGCGAAUUUCGCUCUGGUUCUUCUCGUAUUCUCAUCACCACUGAUCUCUUGGCUCGUGGCAUUGACGUCCAGCAAGUAUCUCUCGUCAUAAAUUAUGAUCUUCCAACUCAGCCGGAGAACUAUCUUCAUCGCAUAGGAAGAAGUGGACGGUUUGGAAGAAAAGGAGUUGCUAUAAAUUUCGUGACAAGGGAAGAUGAGAAAAUGUUGUUUGAUAUUCAGAAGUUCUACAAUGUGGUUGUCGAAGAACUUCCACAAAAUGUUGCUGAUCUCCUUGGAUGAGGUUGAUUUUGGCUUUUGUUAA